AUGUUUGCAUGUUUCUUCACACACCCUCUUGAUCUCGCCAAAGUCAGAUUACAGACUGCUGAGAAGCCUGGUGACAACUUGGUUACCAUGGCAGUCAAGAUUGUGAAGAAUGAGGGACCCUUAAAAGCAUACUCGGGUCUCACUGCCUCCCUUCUCAGACAAGCCACCUACUCUACUGCCAGAUUCGGUGUCUACGAGGAGUUGAAGGAGUAUCUUUCCAGCGAUCCUUCAGCCCCACCAUCUACCAUUGCCCUCCUCGGCUGUUCCAUGGUUGCUGGUGCUGUGGGUGGUUUGGUUGGUAACCCAUCGGAUAUUGUUAAUAUUAGAAUGCAAAACGAUUCUUCCUUGCCAAUCGAGCAGAGAAGAAACUACAGAAAUGCCUUUCAUGGUCUCUUCAGAAUCACAAAAGAGGAGGGUCUUGGUGCUUUGUUUAGAGGUAUUGGACCCAAUCUUGUGAGAGGAAUUCUCAUGACAGCUUCGCAGGUUGUUUCGUACGAUAUCGCUAAGGGCGUUUUGGUCAACUCAUUAAAAAUGGACGAAAAGAGCAAGACUACCCAUUUCAGUGCUUCUCUCUUUGCGGGUCUGGUUGCUACAACCGUGUGUUCUCCAGCAGACGUGGUUAAAACUCGUGUCAUGAAUAGUUCUGGUGGAAACAAAGGUGCUCUGGCAAUCAUUGUUGAUGCUGUCAAAUCCGAGGGACCAGGAUUCAUGUUCAGAGGUUGGACUCCUGCUUUCAUCAGACUUGGUCCUCACACCAUCCUCACCUUCCUGGCUCUGGAGCAACUCAGGAAAUACAAGAUUGGUAUUUGA